AUGAGUCCCAGAAUUUUCAUCACUGGUGCCACAGGAUACAUUGGCGGCCACACAACUGGCGUUCUCCUUGCCGCUCAUCCUGAGUACCAGCUCGUGGCCCUCGUUCGGAAUGAAGAGCAGGCAACCAAGCUCAAGUCCCAAUGGCCGACUAUUUCUACUGUCGUCGGAACGCUUGAUGACGAUAAACUCAUCAAGGAGGAAAGCGCUAAAGCAAACGUCGUUCUGCAGCUUGCAAGCUCCGACCACGUCCCCGUUGUGAGAUCCGCCAUUGCGGGACUGGCGACAGGAGGUGGUAAGCUGAUUCACAUUUCCGGUACCGGCGUCCUCAACGAUAUGUCCACUGGCCCUGGUAACCCUGCGCCACGAGUAUACGACGAUGUCAAGGAUAUUGCCCAGAUUACCUCGCUUCCGGAGACUGCUUUCCACCGUGAUGUUGACGACGCUGUUCUGACCGGUGGAGCAAAGCACGGUGUACCCACCGCUAUCAUCUGCCCCCCGCUCAUCUAUGGGGUAGGCCAAGGUCCGAUCAAGAAGCGGAGUAUGCAGAUUCCUUUCUUGAGCGAGGCCAUCCUGAAGAGAGGGCGUGGUUUCACCGUUGGUGAGGGCAAGAAUAUCUGGGACCAUGUGUAUGUCGGAGACUUGGCAAACGCCUGCGUGCUCUUGAUCGAGGAAGCCCUCAAGCCGGAGGGUGGAUCCGCUCAGUGGGGGCUGGAAGGGUACUAUUUUGUUGAGUCGGGUGAAUUCGCAUGGAAGGAUAUCGCUCAGAAGAUUUCGCAAAUUGCCAAGGAUCUUGGAGCGAUCGAAACGGCAGAGGUUGAUCAGCUUUCUGUCGAUGAGGCUAGCAAGUUUCACCCGUGGGCUCCAGUCCUGUGGGGUGGUAACUGCCGUAGCCGAGCGACUCGUCUUCAAUCUCUGGGUUGGAAGCCUCAGGGUCCGACUGUUUUUGGGGCUCUUCCUGAUAUGUUCAAAGCGGAGCUAGAUCACCAGACCAAAUGA